CACACUGUUCCGGUCCGCGUGUUGAUAAAAAACAUAAAACUGCAAAAUGAAAACACCAAAAACAAAAGAAGCCAAAAAAGCUGAAUUAAAAGCUGUGAAAAAGGAACCUGGCUUGGCGGAGGAGAGCAAGAAGGUCAAGAAGCCCAAGGACAAGGCCAAGAAGAAGCAGCCUAAGCUGCCCAAAGAGGAGGUAAAGGCAGCGGUCCAGGAGAGCUCCCAGAAGAAGCUGUCCGCCAAGGACCUGGCCAAGAUCGAGAAAAAGAAGGCCAAGAAGCUGGCUCAGAAGCUAAAGAAACAGCAAAAUAAGGCGGCACCCAAGGACAUCAAGCAGGAGUCAGAACCCACCAAAGUUAAGGGCAAGACCAUUAAAAAGGAGGGGGAGAAGUCGACGUCAGCGCCCGUCAAGGCGAAACCAAAGGGAAAGGCCACCAAAGCCAAGGCCAAUAACAAGGAUGAGGGAGCUGUCAAGAGGGAACGCAAUCCCGCCGACGAGGCAGCCACUGUUUUUGUGGGCAAUCUGCCCAUCAAUACCAAGCGGGUGCAGAUAGUCAAGCUCUUCCAGCCAUUCGGAACUGUGCAAUCCAUUCGUCUGCGCACAGCCGGUGGCAAGCUGCUCUUCAAGCACAAACAGCGCAAGGAUGCCGGCUCGCUAAAUGCCUACGUGGUGCUGCAGACUCCGGAGAUUGCCCAAAAGGCGCUAGAACUGCACGGCUCCGAGUUUAAGGACAACCAUCUGCGCGUGACGCCGGCGGCCAAAGCGGCGGCUGAGUGGAACGGUCAGAAUAACGAGCAGCCCAAUGACAAGGAUGCCAAGCGCACGAUUUUUGUGGGCAGCCUGAAAUACUCGGCAAAUGAGGAGAAGCUGCGUGAAAUCUUCUCCAGCUGCGGCGAAAUCGACUACAUCCGCUGCCUCCAGGAGGGCGUCAAGGGCUGCAAGGGCGUGGCCUACGUGUGCUUCCAAAAACCCGACGCCGUGGGCUUGGCCUUGGAACUAAAUCAGACCCUCCUUGAUGAUAGGCCCAUCAACGUGGAGCGUUACUUGGUGAAGAAGCUGGGCGCCAAGCAGGUGCGCGAUGCCGCCGCUGCCGCUGCUGCUUCGAACACAUCUGGAAAGGCCAAGGCCAAGAAACAGAAUUCUGCUGGGGCCAAGAAACGACUGGACAAGAAGAAGGGCAAGGACAAUGGCACGCCGGCCAAGGAUACCAAGGCAACAGCUGGCAGUGGUCAGAAGAAGAAGUCCGAAUACCGGGGCGUGAAGGUUGAUGGCAUCAAGAAGGCCAAGAAGCCGAACAAGAAGAAGAGCAACGACCAACAGCAAGCACUGGCGAAAAAGAUAGCCCCCAAGUCUAAGAGUUAAUUUCGUACCAGCUUAGAUCUAAGUUUUUUUAAUUAGUUGCAAUCCAAUUGAAAGGUCUUUCAUUUCUCCUUUUGUUGUAGCGAAGUUGACCACCGACGUUGACGGGGUAAUCGUUGAAAGAUUACUCGCAAGAAAAUUAAAAUAAAUACAGAUUUUUUUAAAA